CCCUGCUCAAAACUCUGUUGCUUUUUGUUGUUCUUCCCGCUGCGCCGGUUAAAUUGUUUAUAUUUAAUUGUUUAAACGCCUUCCGAUCGCACAGAAUCAUGGCCAGCAACGAACCGGGUGGCGGAAACCUGAUGGACGAGUUCGAGGAGGCCUUCCAGUCGUGCCUGCUGACGCUGACCAAGCAGGAGCCGAAUUCGGGGACGAACAAGGAGGAGAUCGAACUGGAGGUUCAGAAGACCACCAAUCGCUUCAUAGACGUGGCCCGCCAAAUGGAGGCGUUCUUCCUGCAGAAGCGCUUCCUCGUCUCCACGCUGAAGCCCUACAUGCUGAUCAAGGACGAGAACCAGGACCUCAGCAUCGAGAUCCAGCGCAAGGAGGCGCUGCUCCAGAAGCACUACAAUCGCCUGGAGGAGUGGAAGGCCUGCCUCUCAGACAUCCAGCAGGGCGUCCACAGUCGCCCCACUCCGCCCAUUGGCGCUGGGAUGCUCCAAGGACCCGGCGGCGGCGUGGGAAUGCCACCCAUGGUGGGAGGAGCACCUCCUCGUCCAGGAAUGAUGCCCGGCAUGCCACCGGGAGCGAUGCAACCCGGCGGACCCAUGCAACCGAGUCCACAGCACAUGCUGCAGGCCCAGCAGAUGCAGCAGCUACGCAUGAUGGGCAGGCAGAUGCCCCCAAAAUAAUCUAAUCCUUGGAUAGACUCCUUUUAGCUUGUAAUUUUUUAUAGAACUUAGUCUACUUGUAUCUCUCGUCUAGUUCAAUAAACCGAUUAUAUAUCCCGGAUUUUAUUCGAAAUCUGGGUCAUUCCAA